UUUUUUAUUAUUAUUAUUAUUUUUUCUCAUUCUAUUCUCUCCCUUUCUAUAUAAACAAAAAGAGAGACAGAAAGAAAGAAAAAAAAAAGGCUUGUUACCAACAUGUUUGAACGAUUUACUUCUUCGUUUUCCAACAGUAGUAGUAACAAUCGAUACAACAGUCGGUUAGAGAAAAGACCUCGUCGUCGAUAUCUUGCCUCUCUCUAUAACAGCCUGGCCGUUGUAAAAGCAGCCUUUCAAAGAUUUGAACAAGAUCAAAUAAAGAAGAGUUGCUAUGAUCCUUAUCAAGUUCAACAAUUAAAUGAAGAAUUUAAAUACAAUCCUUACAACAAUAGUAGUUCAUCAGAAGAUGAAGAAGAAGAAGAACAACAAAACAUUACUACAAAAGCAGACAAGGAUAUGAUCAUGAUAAAUAAGCGAAAAGCAAGUGAAUUAGAUGAUGAUGAUGAUGAUGAACAAGAACAAGAAAAGAAAGAUGAACCUGUUAUUAAACGUAUUCGCGUCAUGGCUUCUGUUGCGGCUGAAAAUGCCGUGCAUACAUUCAUUUACGGUGCACUUAUUGCUUGUGAUUUCGUUUGGUCCGAGAAGAAAUACCUGGGAAUUGCCAGACAAUUAUCCAAUCAUACCUUGACUGAAAUGAACGAAUCCUUCUCUAUUACAUCACCACAGAAAAACAAAAAGAUGAGAGGAUUUGGUGUUGACUUUUCUCCCUUUGUUGAAAGACCUGCUGCUUUGCAACUGCGUAUGGAUGCAGCAGAAAAGAAUAUCCGCGAUAUUUGUAAGCGUGCUGAACAGACUAUCCAAGAAGAUGUGAGUCGCCAUAAAAUGACCAAGUGUUAUGCUCUUCCUUUAAAAAGGACAUUUGAUGACCAAAAUUGGGGUUUUGUUGAUGAACAUGAUUACUCUGUUAAAUUUUAACACACUCUAUCUAUCUAUCUAUCUAUUAUAUAUCACUCUGUAGUAUUAUUA